UAGACCUUUGGUGUCUGUGUCCGAGCACCAUCAGGGCGCAGCACUAACAUAGGCCACCUGAGCUGUCACUCAAUUCCCUAGGGCGGUACCCCGUUGUCCGGUAACCCUGGGGGCCUCUGAGCUAAGAGCUAGGGGAAGUAACCCAAGCCCGAGGAACCAUUCCAGAAAGCCAGCUGCAGAGAAAAACUUAACAGCCCUAUGUCUUCCCCAGAUCCUGAGGAUAUCCCCCAGGAGCCAGAGCCCUCAAGUGGCAAGAAGAAAAAAAAGAAAAGAAAGUGGCCACAGCAAGAGACCAUUAUCCAGGCCCUCACCAGGGCUGGCCACUGGGCUCUGCAAGCUGGUCAGACCCACGAGGCCUUGACCAACUUCCAGAAGGCUUUCCGUCUGGCCCGUGAGGCCCCACGAACCAGAAACACCCCUGUGCUUCGUGCCUGCGCCUUUAACCUGGGGGCCGCCUAUGUGGAGACCGGGGACCCAGCCAGAGGCCUUGAGCUGCUCCUUCGAGCUCAACCUGAAGAGAAGGCACAGGGCAGGUGUCAUGGUGACCAGUGUUUCAAUGUGGCUUUGGCUUACCAUGCCCUUGGUGACCUGCCACAAGCAUUGAACUGGUACCACAGGGCCCUGAGUCACUACCAACCACAGGGUAACCAGGGGGAAGCCCAAGCAAAGAUGGGAGCCUGCUACCAAGCCCUGGGAUGGCCUGACGAAGCGGCCCACUGCUUGAAGGAAGCAAGCCGAGCCUACGCUGAAGCAGGUCAACCUCGGGCUGCAGCCCUUGCAUUGGGGGCUGCGGCUGGGUGUAUGCUGAAGAGUGGGCAGCAUGGAGUGGGCGAGGUGGUGCAAGUGCUGGAGGAGAGCCGGAGGCUUGCCAAGAGGAGCACCAAGUGGGAACUGCUGGGACAACUCUAUAACGACCUAGGCCUGGGCUACUCCCAGCUCCAGUUGUUCCCUCUGGCAGUGGAGACCUUCCUACAGGCCCUGCCCCUGUGCCAGAGGCCAGGAGAGCGGGCCACUGUGCUAAGAAACCUGGGGAUGGCCCACAAUGCACUUGGCAACUAUCAGGAAGCCCUGCAGUUUCACCAGAAGGCUGCUGAUCUCCAUGGCUCUUUGGGGCAGCGAUGGGAGCAGGGACGAAGCUUUGGCAGCCUGGCAUUUGCACUGAGCCAGCUGGGGGACCACAAGGCUGCCAGAGACAACUACCUGCAUGCCCUGCAGGCUGCCCAGGAUGCUGGGGACACGAAGGGGCAGUGGCAGGCCUGCGAGGGUCUUGGGGCUGCUGCAGCCAGACUGGGGCAAUAUGACCAGGCCUUGAAGUACUAUAAGGAAGCACUGGCUCGGUGUCAGAAGGAGCCAGAUUCUGUACGAGAACGACUGGUGGCCAAGUUGGCAGAUGCCAUGAGGACCCACUUGGCCCAGGUGGGGCUGGUCCAGGUUCACCCACCGACCCCAGCACCAGGAAGGUCCCAGGCUCCAGGCAGGGUCGGCCAGGUGGUGGGGACCUCAGCCAGGAUGCAAAGCAGUACAGUGGAUGCCCAGUGCAGAUCUUCCAGUAGGUGGGAAGAUGAAGAGUUCAAGGAGAGCCAGGAGGAGAAAGAGGAGGAGGGGUUGGUGGAUGUUCUCAUGUCUGGGUCUCAGAGACCACAGGGUCCAGGACCCAGGACCCAUCUUCCAUUUGGAGGUUCAGGUAUCCCUAGAGAGUACCCUGGUAUCCUGAUACCCAAUGGCCCCCAAGUCAACAGCAAUUUGAACAACCCUCACCCAGCUCUGGAGGCUCGGGGUAUCCCCUGCCUCCUGCAUGGCCUGACUAUAGGCAUCAAAGAAAGAGAGAAUUCUACAGAAGCAGGGAACAUGAAGUUUAAGCCUCCUGCCUCCUGCACUGGAGCCCACCAGUGGAGGUCAUCCAGGUGGCCCAGGGAAGCCCUCAACAAGAACUCUCAGAGGAGAGUCACCCAGUCUGGUUUCUGCCUAAUCAUCUGACUUGCACCCUGCUAGCUGCAGCCCUCACCUCUGCAGGACCUCCCCAACACACAUUCUUUAUAGACUUCCUGGGACUGAGCCUCUUCCCAUUCAACCCUGUAUGGAAAUAAAACAACAUGGUCACUGAAUGGACUCCUGAACAGGUGGGCUAAGGGUUCUGUAGUCUCAGCUCCAAGAGAUUCUCUUUGCUCCUAAUUGGAAUUUUUGGACUCAGUAGGCAAAAGAAAAAAGGAAAAUGGAAGUGAACCCCCCCUUUUUUUUGGGUCCAGACCUCACGAGUGCUAAAGCCCUUUGCCAGUUCUAAAAACUAUGACUUCUUGCUAGGUGCAGCAGCACACGUCUGUAAUCCCAGAGACUUAGGAGGCUGAGCCAAGAGGAUGACAAGCUCUAGGCCAGCCUGGGCAACAUGGUGAAACUGUCUCAAAACAAGAAUAAAAGGGCUGGGGAUAUAGCUCAGU